UCACUUUUAGCAUCUUACGAAGAUGAAAAGCCUCUAUGCAAUUUUCAGGAAGACCAUAUUGUCUGGGAUCGGCAUUAUACGCUCAAGGUAAGCUUAAAAUACAAAUUAAGUGAUUUGCAUAACAAAUUUCCUGUUUUGGGUAAAACUGGUUCGGAAUAGACUACGAGUAGUCCCCAUUUUUCCUCAGGGAUAGGAGAGCGCGCGUGAAAAUCACCCCACGCGUCUCGCCUUUCUCGCGUGAGGUGAUUUUCACGCGCACUCGCGUUUCGCUCGCUCUACUAUCCCUGAUCGAGGAAUAAUUGGGGACUACUCGUAGUCUAGGUUCGGAAUAAUUUGGGUUUUAACACCUUUCAGUUUGAAAAUGAAUUUACUGCAGGAAAUUCUAAUUAGAAGAAGUAUAAAAUAACUCCUUAACUCUUUUCAUCAUUUUUGUCAAAUUCCUAAGAUAAUCAUUAAUUUCACCUAUAUCCAGAAAUGUACAUGACCCGGCCCCUUCAGGCACUUCACUUGACUUCACUUUGAUUCCUUGUAAUUUUAAUAUAUUUUACUUCAUGUUUCAAAGAAUUACUUGCAUUUGGAUGACGAUUAUCACUAGGAUAGGGGAGACUUUGUGAAGUCUAUUGUAACCAUUAUGAAUCUCAUAACAGUGUAUUUCUGGGCAUAAUUUGUUAAUUUUUGGGGCUGUCAAAUCGCGUUACCAUUGUCUCGCCCAUCCAAGACAGUCUUGGAUUCUGGAUUCCAUUUUGUGGAUUCAGGAUUCUAGGAUAUGUAUUCCGGAUACUUUGUCGGUGGAACUUACACCAGUCGUUGGCGGGAUUCCGGAUUUCUUUGAGCUGAGUUCCGGAUUCCAAAGCACAAGAUUCUUGUUUCUACAAACUCUCGAAUCCAGAUUAAAUUACUUGGGGCAAAUUAUACACCAUACAUUUCUGGUAAACUACCAACCUACCCCUUCCCUAAGCCGACACGGCUUAACACUUACUUCUCACUUAAGGCAAAAUGUUGGCUUAGGGAAGGGGUAGGUGGGAAUAUUCCCAGAAACGUAUAUAAUGAUCCCAUUAUCAUGCCAAUUUUCAUACUGUGUUAUCAAAGAAGUAUGUCAUAUUCUUUGUGCACAGGAUUUGUCCCGUAUCGAGGUGAAGAUUCAAAGCAUCGAAAGUCCAACUUCGUUGAGCGACAACUUUUUCGUUCCCAUUACAGAAGACAAAGAGCGAUGUCGCUCUCCAGAACUCUUAUACCCACCUAUUGCGAAUAUAGCAGAGGUAUUUAACGUAUUUGUUACUACGCUGUACAGUACUUUGAACCGCGGCAGGAUUAGCUCAGUACAAGAGAGAAAAUGAGACAUAGAGGGAAUCUUAGGGCGUUGGCUAGGAUAUGUGAAUUUCCUAAAGUCAUUUUUAGAGGUUGUAAGUAAACGGAAGUCUAUUUUCUCGGAUGUGCGCAGAUUUAAAUCGAUGGUUUGAAAUAUUAUCGAGUCCUUUGACUAGCUCAAAGCGAAAAAUACAGAAUAUUAUAAUGGCGACUCGGUUAAAUUCUCUCUUGAACUGGCAAUGAAUGAAAAUUUGCGAAACUCCCCGGAAAUCAACUUCCGAUUAAUUUAAGCGUUCAUUGAUCCAAAAAUAACUUUGGUGAAAUUUGCAUACCCAAGAGCUAGACUUGGAGCGAGCGAAACGCGAGCGCGCAUGAAAAUCAACCCAACGGGAAAGGCGAGACGUGGCGGUGAGAGAGAAAAGUGAGGAACUACAGACAAAACCCAAGCUUUUGACCUUAUGCGUUGUUCUCACAUUUUUCUCUCUAGUCUCACCGCCGCGUCUCGCCUUUCUCUCGUGGGUUGAUUUUCACGGGCGCUCGCGUUCGCUAGCUCUACUAUCCCUGAGGAUGGGGACUACUCGUAGUAUACCCAAGGGCUGGACUGAGCGUUCCCUUCUCUGACUAUUAUUCUCUCUUGGUAGAGCGCCAACCUCGUUCUCAGGGUACUCUCCUUCUCUUUUUCGGAGCGAGAAGACCCUGGGAACGAGGGUAGGAAUAGCUCUUGACUGCAGAACGGCCGGACGUCAUGGGUUCGAUUUCCGGGGCCAGACCAAUACCAGGGUCUUAAAAUAACCGGGAAAUGAAAGUACUUCCUUCAUUUCCUUCGCGUGGCUCGGAUAACUACGAAAAAUGUCAGUUCCGUCUCCUGAAGGAGACGUGAAAGUAGUAUCCACAAUGAAUACUUUCAUGCAUGAUACAUUGAUACUCAAAUCAAGAACCUUUUUUUUGUAAGACGAAUUACCUUCAGAGUCUUCCGCCAGUAAACAGUCCGUAAAAGGUUUUGUAGCGUACAUGCAAAACCAAACUGGACUACAUUACGAGUUGAAACUGUUUGACAGGUUCCGGUGCGGUAACGAAUCAACGUUUGGACUAGAGUACCUAAGGGUAUAACUACAGUAUCAACGAACAAUUUAAGUAGCAACAAAAAAUUAUAUAUAUUUUUUUUGGUUUUGCCUUCUUACCACAGACAAAGGAAAGAUUGCCUUCACCGUGCGACUCCGGUAGAUCUUCGCCAAUCUUCGUUUCGGAAUACGAAGCCGAGCGACAACGAAACGACAUUAAGCAGUUUGGACGAGAAGCAGCUUGUAAGUUAGCUGAAAGGCGAGCGGAGUAUGCAAAAAGAAGAAUGGAACAAGUACAAGAGGAGACUGUCAUAAUCGAGGUAAUAAUUGCGCUGAAAUUAAAUCUCAACUAAUAAUGAACUCUAUAGGGCCAAAAUUCAAUUAAACCUUGUUUCCAGGGUUAUAAUCGAAACGUGUCAAAAAUAGUAUGCCCAUGCCACAAGGGUAAAUAAAAAGCCACAAACUCCAUCGACGUCACCUUUUUAAACAAUGACGAGUUUCUACUUUGUACAACACUUUUAUUGGCAGCAUCUCUUAUUUUUGUCCAUAAAAUUACCGUGAAAUGUCAAAGACAAGAGGCAGGAGAAGCUAACUAAAGGUGCUAGCCGGGCUCAAUUCCAAGCUCGCGCUGUUCCGGAAAGCCUCAAGGUGGCGGGGUAUUCUGUAGUUACCACAAGACAGGUUUUCUGGUUUAGAGAACAGGCGUUAAACGAUAUUCUUUUUUUGUCCAAUACUUUAGCGUAACAUAGAGGAAGCCAUCAUCAACAAGCUAGAACUACUUAAAAUGGCCGACGAGUUAGAAAAGCAAAGGGAAUUCUUCAAAGGCCGAAAAGCUAAAUUAUGGCGGCGAUGUGCAAACAUGGCGGAAAUUUUGGCCAAAGAAGAGACUGAAGCAGCAUUAUGGCAGCAAAGAUAUAAGAAAGCUAUAAUGGUUGCGCCAGGGAACAUGGCAUUUUUCUGA